AUGUUUUCAAUAAACUCCGUGCGGCCGGCCUGGAGAAGUACUAAGCGGCUAAAGCUAUCAAGUCCUGUUCGUUCUCUUACAACCUCGAAUCCUCCGUCUCAAGAAAAUGGUUCUCUAAGCACACAGAAAUUAGCUGAAGCUAGGACUACCAGCUCCAGCGAAAUAAAUACUACCCCCUCCGCACCUCUCGAUAGCACUCCCAAGGAAUGGGGAGAGAGAUUAGAUCAAUUCGGUAGCAAAUUUCGACUACCACGAAGUGUUCAAGCCGUAUAUCUCAAACCCUUGCGACGACCGGCAAAAUAUGGUCUCCCUGUCUGUGACCUCCAGCUCAGGUCAUACAGUGUUCGGCAUGUCGAGUUCUUCGCUGAUUUUGCACUCCGAGCUGCAUACUAUCUGAAUCUCCCGGCCUUUGGCCCUGUUCCCCUUCCACGGAUCACUGAGCGAUGGACCGUGCUCAGAAGCAAUUUUGUUCACAAGAAAUCCCAGGAGAAUUUUGAGAGGGUGACACUCCGUCGGCUAAUUCAGAUUAAGGAUGGACACCCAGAUGUCGUCCAGACAUGGCUGGCUUUUCUGCGAAAACAUGCAUAUCACGGGCUGGGAAUGAAGGCAAAUGUUUGGGAGCACAGCCCAUUAGGUGUUGCAAAACUUAUGGAUGAGACGACAGCAGAAUUGGACAGCGCAAUUGAGAAGAAGCUCGCCCUUUUUGGCUCGAGCAAGAAGGCAUCCGAACAGGCGGAGUCGGUUGCCGAUUUGGUAGAUAGAAGGAAAUUCAUGCAUAAUAAUAGCCGGUGA